CGUGGUAGUGACGAAACAGCAGCGCUGGUUUUCGCAUUCGCCAAUUAGGGUAUUAUGAACUUGUAAGAUUCCGUACUGGUCAUACUUUACGUUUAUUGCAUGUGAUUCUUUCCCAUUCUGCUGCUGAGAUUCUGUCACUGUUUCCGUGAAUAUGUUUCGUGGACUUUCUUUCCCGCAGUUAUUCUUGGCAACUUUCUUGGGAGUUGCGGGAGGAGUGUAUAUAUACAAGCCAAUCUACGAACAAUACUAUUGGGAAAAGAAGACGCUAAAGGCUGAUGCCAACAGCCCUGAAUUGGUUAAAAAUGAAGAAUAAAU